ACAGGCUUUCGAAGUUCUCGCGGCAUGCUUAAAGACAAUGUUGCCUCCCAAACGACUUUUGCCGUCAUCCCCUGAACUCUUCAAGAUUGUAUCCAUUUUAUUGUCCCACUUACUUUCGUCUGUCAUUCCACAGAUCAUUACGCUAGAAGGGAAACAGAAAUCAAAGAUACCCACAGCAAUUAAAGGCGGUUCUAUUAAUGAGAUGAUGAAACUUCUUACUACAACCAUCCUAGACCCGCUGAUACAAUCCAUCCAACCUCUUUCACAUGCGAAUAUCCUGGAGACAUUCAACGUCAGCGGCAAGAAGGCAAAAAAGGACAAGCAGGUCCAGAUUCAAGAAGUUAUCGAUUUACGGAUGGAUGUCCUCGGACUUGUUAAUAAU